GGGCUUUCCUAGUGUAAGAUGGCGGAGCUUUUGCUGUCAUCCCGAGUCCUCGGUUCGAUGCAAAGCUUUCUGAGACAAUCUAAUUUAGACAAAGUAUGCAGUUUCUCCAUUAAUCAAGAACAUCUACAAACAUCAAUAACAAUGUUGACUUCUCUCAACUCACUUUGUGGACAUGUACAUGACUUAGUUUCUAAUUUACAGCAAAUUAUGAACGAUGUGAAGAUGGAAGUGAAAAUUGAGCAGAACCAGACUGGUGAUAUGAUUGACAGUAAACCUGAUAUAACUAAAAUUGAUUCAUCACUUGUACAAAUCAAUGCAAGUAAAAACGAGAUUGAAAGAAGAAUAUCCGCAUUUAUGGAAAGAAAACAGCUUGAGGUAAAUGACAACAAUAAAAGGGAGUUCUGUGGUGUUAUUGACUUGACAGAGGAAGAUAGCUGUGCAAGAACUGAUGCCAUUUUCAAGGCAAGAAGUGGUGGUAAAAGUCAUGUAAAAGUAUCUAGAGUUGUUAACUCAUAUGGACCACAGACGAGGAUGGCUAUAUCACCAGUGAAAAUUAGACCACAUAAUCCUGCCAGUAGUUUUAAAAAUACUGCUAAGACAACUGAAGGAGUGGAAGAGAGAUUACACAAUAUGGAGAAACAUCUUAAACUUGAAACAGGACAACCUGUACCUAAAGACUUUUAUAGCAGAAUAAAACGACUGGAAGAUAAAAUAUUACAACUGGAAGGACUAUCUCCAGAGUACUUCAGUGCUGCGAGUACAUCGUACAAACGACAUCGAACAGAGAGUGAGCACAAAGAUAGGAGAGAGAGGCAAGACAUGAGCAUUGCAGACAUUGAUCAGAGGAUGAAAGAACUACAUGAAUCUCUUUUAAAGAAGAAACAAAUGAGAGAGAGUUUAAAUACAGCAGCCAUAACUUAACAGGAGUAGAAGAUAAACAUUGUCCCAACAUAAACAAUGCGGUUGUUAUGACCAACAGGAUAAAAGAAAUAGCAAUUCCAAGAUUUGUUUUUUUUCAACUAUUUGUUUAUUUUAUGCAUUAAAUACCGAUAGACUUUCAAGCAUCACAUGUCUCAUACUUAUUGUCUCUGGA